UGGUCAAAGAGAGCUUCAGGUAUAUUGUUACUACCUGUGUAACUACAGGUAGACUUGGUUGUAUCUGCAGGGGAUAGAGACACAACUGUCACUAUUACCUAGUACCUGUAGUAAUGAUGGCUUGUCAUUAGGCCGGCAAUUAUCACUUCAACAUUAACUUGUCUGAUAGAAUGGGGCAAAUCAUCUGCACAUGAUCAUUGUAGUACAUUGAAGUUCUACACCUACAUGACUAUAUAUACAGAUAGGGCAGCUAUUAGGUACUUUAUAAAUUUUACUUUAUUUUGCAGAAUAUACCCAGUAGUACUGUGGAGUACUUUUUUAUUAAAAUAUUUCAUUCUCUUGUCUGACAGAAGGGUCGGGGCAAUAUCAUGGGUUGCACAUUGUUAUUCUUGUAUAUAUAUGUACAAUGAGAUUCUGCAUUACUUUGUAAAUAAGGCCAUCUUUAAAAAAAAUGUUUGUUUGGAAUUGCUGCCUGGUUUCUAAACCUAGGAGGGGGGACGGUGCGUGGUCUAAUUUUCACUAUAUCAAAAAUUGAUUUUUUUAAAAAAUCCCAUUUAAAAAAGAGUUGUUUAUUUUUUUUUUGCCAUUAAAAUUUUAUUAGAAGCUAUUUCAAUGAGGCAGGAGGCAAUUCCAAACAAACAAUUUUAUUUUGGACUGAUACAAAAUUUGGACACAAAAUAAAUACUUCAUGUACUUAGUACGUUUUUUAUAUCGAUUGACAUUGAUGGAAAUCAUUUUUUAUGCUAAGGACUUAAACUUGAUAUAGUUUGCAGUUAAUUUAUAUAUAACUUGUAGAGCCUUGGAAAAGCUUGAUGAUCUAGAAUAGUGAGCCUCGGAAUAGGAAGGAAGCAUAUUCAUAUAUUUAAAAAGCUUAAGAAACAUUUAAUUAAUUGUCUUAGUUCCUGAUAUGGAUGCAGGGGUGCUCUAGACAAAGUCACUUUUUGUUUGGAACCAAGGGGUCCAAGGCUCAUAAUAAUUGUAAUUGUGGCUUAACUUUAAAGAAUAUUUUUUGGUAAAUAUACCACCUUAACUUAAUGGUGGUGCACAUCUCACAAAAUGAUGUCAAUUAAGAUAUGCAUUUUCUAUUUAUUAAGAACAUGCAUUCCAAAAAAAUUUGACACUGAACAGCAAUCAAGCUUUCUAUUUGUAUACAUGCAUUAUGGGACAGGUAUGCACUGCUGAUGUCUCCAGGUUGCAGGAGAUCAAUACAGUCUAAAAAUAGACAUGACCAUCAAGGUUUUUUUAAUGCAUAUUAAAAGCAGUUUGUUCUCGUUUUGCACACAUUUGAAAAUCUAGUAUAGAAAAAAUGUGUGCAGAACGGGAAUUUGUCCAGGUAAGUUAAUUACCUAAUUGCUAUAGUCUGUAUCACAUUUAAUGCUUCAAUUAUAGUUCAAUACCUAGUUCCAAAGCUACAAAACGCAAGGAAAAAUUGAUAUAUCAAUAUUUUAUAUGAUGUACCCAUUUUUUGUCAUAUAUGUUACAUGUAAAUUGAUAUUGCACAAAUUUUGGAUGGUUAUUUUUUAAUAUUUUGUUUAUUGUUCAACCACCACCCACCCCCACCCCUUAUUGUGUACAUAUAAGCCACAGGAAUCGCACCAGGUUAUAUGAACAUUAUACAAUAAACUCUUCUUUGAAAUGCCAUUGAAACUCGGGUAAAAAGCAGACUAUAAUUGUUAUCAAAACACUUACAAUUCACACCUAUUGUUUUGAACUCAUACAAUUAUCAAAUGUGUGCGAAAACGGGAACACACUAUUAAAAACAAGCAACAACAAACGCUAUUUAUACAGACAUAUAUAUAGGGGCUUACAGGUACGUGCUACGCCGGGACAAAGACAGUGAAGUUUUGCCAACUGACUAAUUGCUACACUGAGCCUGAUUGCCACAUCUUUGAACUCAUCUAAACAUUACCACUCACCUAGCAGGCUUGGCAUGUGACACUCGAACUCGCUGUACAGUAAUGCAUCAUCGCGAUUAAAUGAUAGCCAUUGUGUGUUUGUUAGUCAUGGGAUAUGUUACAAUGAAGCUGAAGUAGAUCUGGGGGAUGCAUCAGGGUAUUUUUUGUGUUUGGCUGCCAGGCUUGAGAAGAUAUGAGAAGUGACUGUUCGUAUUUUAGACAGGGAAACAAAGGCACUGUUUUUAUGCAGGAAGAAUCUGACUGAUAUGUAUAUAUAUAAACAUAGUACACAUACAAAUUACAGGACGUUUAACAGAACUUGGGCAAAAAUCUCCCCUCGAGUACAAGGAAGGAACGCAAAAUUUCAUACAAGACAGCUAGAGUGCGGUAUUUAAUGCACUGUUAUUCUGUUGCAAAUAUAAUGAGCCGCUUUUUGAUACGCGCGUUUAAUUAGAUCAUUGUCAACUACAUGGAUAUUCAUUACAACUGUGCAUGCAGUGGGCCUAAGUUACUGUAUGACGAUAGGAUAAGUACAAUGUAUAGGGAUUUUUAUUUUUUUUAAAACAGUUUGUGAAGUACUUUGUCGAAUGGGUUGAGGAAGUUAUAUAGUGUUGGAAAGGAACUAGCUGACAAAUUACAGUUUACACACAGAAUGUGGCCCCUUAUUGUGUGACAAAACUCUUACGCCGUGAUUCUUCUCGAGGAAUGUGAUUUAAAACAUUUUCAAGUUUUUUUUCAAUCUUGUGUGACAUAACUACAUCAGGAAGGAAAUUAAAUCCUUUACAAGAAUUUGUCCGCGAAGCUCUGAAUACUGUACCUGUAAUUACAUCAACUGUAGACAGUAGAGAGUGUUGAGCAUGAGUUUCAUAAAAAAGUUUCGCAAAAGCCGCAUGGGAGCGAGCAGCGAGAAAGACCCCUCGUCUUCUGGGAUUCACGAGAUUAGCUCGCCAACGGAAGUCAAACACAACCUGCAUAUAAAUAUUGACAUGGUCACGGGAGAUCUGAUACUCUCAGAGACAUGGAAAAAACUGCUGAAAUCAGCAGACAUUUCGAAAGCUGACCAGGCAGCCAAUCCAGAGGCUGUUAUUAAUUCACUGCGAACCUUCACCAAGUCCGUCAAGAAAAAACCUGGGGAGGGCAAGUUUAUCAACGUUCAACAGUCAAUCGCCGAGUCCGAUGAUGAACUCGAUUACAGCGAUGAGGAAAAACGCAACAGCAAAAAGUCAAAUGAAGAAAAGCUUCCCGCCCCACACAAUGUGGUGCCCCCCGUUUUUGAGAGGACACCAUCAGACGCUGAGCAGCAUAAGACUGAUAUUGUUGAUGGUGUGAACAAAAUUACGAUCGACAAUGACAACGAACCUCCAGCCGAAGCCAUCCAGAGGCGACCCAAAUCUCAAAAGAAAAACAUGACAGACGAAGAAAUCAACAAUGGCCUUCGGGCACUUGCAUCACCUGGGGACCCCACCUCUAAGUACACCACUCAAAAGAAACUGGGAGCUGGAGCAUCAGGUUGUGUGUACAUGGCAAAGCCAAUCAAAGAAGGAGAUACAGUGGUGGCCAUUAAAUCGAUGGAUUUAGCCAACCAGCCCAAGAAAGAGCUUCUCAUCACAGAAAUCGAAGUCAUGAAAACCUACCGACAUCAGAACAUCGUCAACUUCUUAGAUUGUUACUUCCUGUCGGAGAAAAAUGAAUUGUGGGUAGUCAUGGAGUACCUAGAUGGAGGUGCGCUGACCGACGUUGUCACGGAAACCAUUAUGAACGAAGGACAGAUCGCCGCGGUAACCCGCGAGUGCCUACAGGCUCUGAACUAUUUGCACUCCAAGGGUAUUAUACAUAGGGAUAUUAAAAGUGACAAUGUACUAUUAGGAAUGAACGGGUCGGUCAAGCUCACCGAUUUCGGGUUCUGUGCCCAGUUGAGCGGGGAUAACUCCAAACGACAGACCAUGGUGGGAACUCCAUAUUGGAUGGCUCCCGAAGUUGUAUCUAGGAAACAUUAUGGCAAGAAGGUGGACGUUUGGUCAAUGGGGAUCAUGAUAAUCGAAAUGUUAGAAGGCGAACCUCCAUAUCUCAACGAAACCCCACUGAAGGCUAUUUAUAGAAUUGCCACCAAGGGAAAACCCGAAAUUAAGAAUUUCGAAAAGCUCUCUAAACUACUUCAGAAUUUUAUUGACCGGACAUUAGAAGUGGACGUGGAGGAUCGCGCAGAUACUGACGAACUUCUGGUGCACGAUUUCCUGAAAUGUGCGAAAGACCUCAAAACCCUCCGACCCUUAAUCGUGGCAGCAAAGCAAGCCACAGGACGCUAGUUCAUCAUAAGUGUAUAUAUAGUUUAAAGCGUUUCAAAUUUUACUUUGAUUUUUGUGUCAUAACCACACAGCUGACGAAGAUUUUGUACACAAAAUGGCACAUACCUUUUUCGCAACUGUACUGAGUGUAUGAUGCUAUCAUAUGGAAAUACUAUGCUCUUGUUGAGUAUUUUUCUUCCAAUUCUCUAUGUAUGUUUUCAAUGCAACUAGGCAAUAUUUUGUGAGGGAAAAAAGUGAUAUCUCAAUUGCAUUUUAGCACUCGAUCUGUACGUGAAAUUUGUGUUUAACAUUGAAACAAGUAUAAUGCAUUCCUUCAAACUACAUGUAUGGUAUUCCCACCACUUCCUGAACUCUUUAAAAAUCAAAAACUUGUCACAAGCCAUGUCGUAUAGUUGAAAGGGAAUAUGCAGUCUGCAGAAAGUAAUUCAACAGCAAUAAAAAAAGAUUUUAAUUUAAUGUACCAUUAAAUGGUAUGAUGUGCACAAUUUUCACAAAAAUUAACUAGGUAAUAUGCAUUUCUUCUUUUUUUAUGUUUUUUUUUUUUGGUUUAGUAUUUAAAAUGAAUUCUCCAAUGUUUAUGCAAAAAUAUUAAUAAUAAUAUCUACAUGAUCUAUGUCCAAUUAAAAUGGAAUGAAGACUACCCAGUAGCCACUUUUGCUUAUUUCUGGUUAAAAGCAGAUUUAGUAGAUUUGAUAUUCAUUGGCUUGGUUUUAUUUGACUUACCGUAAUCUUUAAACUGUGUAUGAAUUGUGUAUGAAUGAUUGACUGAUGAGGAGAAUUGUCCAUGUAUGGUGGAAUUGGAGUUAUUCAUGUAUGCCUGCUCAGAACACUGAGACAUUUUACUUAAUUCAACAUUCCAUGAAUGAUCUCUCAAAUAUUUUAUUAAAGAUGUAUAUUUGAUAUUUGCUGCCAUCAUAUUUUAUUUUUUUCCUUUUCUGUUUGGACUUUAAAUAUUUUUUUUUUUUUAUUUGCGAAAAAAUUUUGGUUUGCAGCAUUGGGGAUAAAAAUUCUCAAUUUUUUUUUUUUUUUUUUUUUUUAAGAAUCGAAUAAACUUUUCAUACAUGUGAUGUGAAUGGCUCAAUGAGAGAAUUUCUUGAUCAUGUGACUUGUGUGGUGUAAUUUUGCUGCUAACAAAGCUGUGUUGCUAUCUUCCAUGUAUAUUUUUUGUAUCUCUGUUGAUAGAUUUUUUUUUAUCGAUUGUAUUUUUUAUACAUUAUUAUUAUUAUAUGUCUAUUGCAAACCAUUCCUGUUAAUUUUCUAUAGCAUUUAUCCCCUUUUUGUUAAAUGAACAAAUGAUAUAAACAAAAAUUAAAAUUCUUAUGUGCUAUAUAUGUGAAAAUAAAAACUCUGCUGGUGAACCUGCUCUUUGUAAAAAUUGGGAAUUCAAUUCUGUUGCUUUGCUUUAUAAAAAUCAUGGAAUAUCUUAUGUUUUAUAUGUGAAGAAAACACCUUUUGACAACAGGAAAUAAUUUUACCACAUAUGAAACAAUUUUCUUCCAUUCUUCCAAGUGGAAAUAUGCUCUGAACUUCAUCUGGCUUUAAAAAUGUGUAUAUGUUAUUUGGAUGGUGGGAGGGAAAAAAAAUACCAGUAUUACAUAUAUGUGUACAUGUGUAUUGUAAACAACCACUCCUUUCAUUAAGAUAUCGGUAAGACUUCAGUGUUCUGUUCACACUGACCUUACAGCAGGAAAUUGUAACUUCCUUCAACUGGAAGUACAUUUGUGUUGAUUUUAGGUGAAUUUUUUUUUGUUCAAUGCACUUGUCACAAAAAAAAGAAUGAAAUCAAGGGUUAUCUUCUCUUUGUAAGGGGAGGCAGAUACCAUAAUGUAAUUUAUAGUGAUAUAUGUAAUAAAUGAAUUUAAUCUACUUUA